CAAAGGUCGUUCCCUCCCGGCAGGAUGCCCUGCCCGGGGCCGGCCGGCUGGCCGUCGCGGCCAGGCCGUGCCUCGCAUGGCUCUGCGUAGUGGCCCUGCCUAGGCGGAGCCAUGCUGCCCAGUGACCCCUAGACCAGCUCGCCAUGGACAGGCUGCCGGCCUGCGUGGCUGUGGUGCUGCUCUUCCUGUGUACAGGGCGAACGCAAGAGACGUACUACCCCCACGCGCCGGCGGACGCCGUGGUGAACCUCGAGGCCCAGCAGCGCCAUGGCCAGGAGCAACUGCCGCAGCAGCAGGCGCACAUCCAGCAGCACGCGUCCUCGGGGGAGCAGCAGCAGCAGCUGGACGAGGAGCCACCCUACUCCAUCCGGGGGCCGUACUUCGACACGACGGCCUCCAACAACGUCACGGCCCUGGUGGGCAAGACGGCCUACCUCAAGUGCCGCGUCAAGAACCUCGGCAACAGGACGGUCUCGUGGGUGCGGCACCACGACAUCCACCUGCUGACAGUGGGCCGCUACACCUACACGUCGGACCAGCGCUUCGUGGCCAGCCACUCGCCGCAGACCGAGGACUGGACGCUGCAGGUGCGCUACCCCCAGCUCAGGGACUCCGGCAUCUACGAGUGCCAGGUCUCCACCACGCCGCCCAUCGGCCACUCCAUGUACCUCUCCGUAGUAGAACCCAACACGACCAUCGUCGGCGGUCCGGACAUGUUCAUCAACAAGGGGAGCACCAUGAACCUGACCUGCAUCGUGCACCACAGUCCGGAGCCGCCGCCGGCCAUCUACUGGACGCACAACGAGGAGGAAAUCAACUACGACUCCCCGCGCGGCGGCGUGUCCGUCAUCACGGAGAAGGGCGACGUCACCACGUCGUACCUGCUGAUCCAGCGCGCCAAGGAGCCCGACUCGGGGAAGUACACCUGCAACCCCUCCAACGCCAACCCGGAGACGGUCGUCGUGCACGUGCUCAAUGGGGAACACCCCGCCGCCAUGCAGCACGGCGGCCAGCUCCGCCUGGAGUACCCGUUCUUCGUGGUGCUCUUCAGCUUCCUGGUGGCGCUGCUCGGGCUGUGAAUAGUCCGGGGAGGGUGCCCCCGCUCGGGAGAGCGGCCCCCUUCCAGUGCAUCACCGCUCUUCGGGUGCAGUGCAGUGCAGUGCUCUUCAAGAAGAGUGGUGGAGGCCUAAACGCCGGGGAUCCGGAACUUAAGUGUGGUCUGUCUGGCCCGGGCCUUGCGAGUGCUGUUGGUGGCGUCUUGGAGAUCGGAUUUAUGGACAUGUCCGUGAAAAGUGACUGGUUGCUCGAAAACCAACUACCGUUUUUUAGUGCUAAAAUUUGUAUCAUAUAUUGAUGUCUCAUGUUCCCUGUGAACUGACAGCACUCUUCAGUUUCAAAGUCAGUCUUAAGUGCCUGUGAGUGGCUGAUAGUUCUAAAACUGUAAUGUGCCUGAUUGAAAAUUGUUGGUGCUAGACUACCAUGACUAUUUCACAAUUGCAUGAUUAUUUAAUCUAAGGGUGUAAUUUUUGCAGUUGACGAAUGAGGGCUGAAAUGUUACCCUACGAAAGUAGUCAAAUCACAGUUGGAUUUUUUUCCCUUUGAAAUUUUGACAAGAAAGCAGUCACAUUUCCAUCAAAAUUGCAUACGUGUUGAUUUUCUUUUGUGUGCGUACUUGUUUAAGGGGUACUUUUGAUGUGCGUGACUUGGCACUCCACAUUCUGUAUCCUUAGCUUCAGUUCUACCUCCUUUGCGAGGUGGCCGUCCAGAAUUUUUGUUGCGCCAAGGCAAAACCCAGCGCUUUUGGCCCUAUUUUCUUGUAAAUCAUGUAAAUAGACAGAGAAAGUAACAUUAUUACCACUAUUAGCAUUACUACUAUUACUACUACCACUACUACUACUACAAUACGUAACUGGGGAGUGUGUUAACUCUAAAAAGUUGGGUACGGAUAAUUAGAAGUAACUAUAUAUGUGUCCUUGGUCUAAUUUUGGAAAAAAUGCUGUUUGGAUUUUUGUUUGUCAGGUGUGUUUGGUUCUGAAUGUGUCUAUUUGUAUGUCAAAAACUUUUGCUUUCAGCAAUAAUGGCAAUAUGCAAUGGGAUGAACUAAUACUCUUUAAAAAACUGUGUUUCUAAGUGGUACUUUUUUUAAAAAUCAUGUCCUGUAAUGCUUUCAACUGAAGUGCAUUGAACUUAAAAGAUAAUGGUUAUCCUCAUUUGUAGAACUCCUUGGUUACCAAUUUUUUUCUAUGACUCGAUGCAAAGGUUGUGAUUCCCUUGGUCAUUGAACGUGUGAUAUCCACAGAUACUCUCUAUGCCUGAAACUAAAGGGUUGUUGCUAGUAAAUAUUUGAAUCAUUCAUUGGUUCACAAAACAUUUGGAAAGAAAGAAAAUUGCAUAAAUAAAGUUGUAGUUAAUUUUCUUUCCUUUUCUUUUUAGAAGUAAAGAAAAUCACAAAUUUCUACACGUUAUGGAUCCAUAUGAUUCUUUGACCAAUUAUUCCUGUCAGUGGAUGGAAUCUGUCUUUCAGAUUGCAUCAAAUGUAGACAAUUAUGGAUCUGCUAUUUAAUUGAAUGAGUGCAAUGUUCAACUUCAAAAUUUGUCACCUGUUUCAAGUUUAAAAUCAGAAUAUGAACUGCAUGUUUGCGGUGCUAUUUCAAUUCUCUGCUAGCUUUUAAACAAAACCAUCAGGCAACUGCACGUCUGGGCAAAUUAAUUCUCGUCUAAUUCUAGACACUGCUCUUACAAAUUGUAUCGAAUUAAGAUGCGAUUGCAAACCAACAGCACUGAAUGCCUACCAUGAAUGAUGUUUCUGCAACCUUGAAUUCAGUUUUUUUCGUGUCGAGUAGGCUUUUGUUGAAUGACGGUUCAGAUCCUUACUUAUAUUGUGAUUUUCAAUAAUGCAUGGUUUGUCAAGUUGUGUUUACGCAGCAGAGGGAUAGCAUCAGCUUCAAUGCAUUUUACCUACAGUGAAGCAAAGUGUAUCACCGGUUUUCUUAAUAAAUAAAAACUUUAUUUGAGGAAUUAAUU